GAUAAUCUACUUGGAUUAUGGAGCAGACAUUGAUGAACAGGUGACUUUCCAAUCUGACUCAAUGGCUUGGGGGUGCGUUGACGUCAAGUCAUGUAUUCCGAUUGGUGACGGGCAUCUAUACACAACGAUACGGUUCACAUCUACUGGCAUGAUCGAGUUCUCCAACGACGAAUGUUCGAUAGACAAGUUUGUGACUCAGUACACCAACCCAUCUCUCUUCACUACAACUGAUGGAGAUGCGUCAGUUGCUGUCCUAGGAGCUGCAGUGGACCUCAGCAUUGGUGAUCCCAAAAUAUUUUAUCAGCUUCAAGAUGAGUAUGACCUCUCAGAUAACAACGGAGGAUCCCUUCUUCAAGCCUUAAAGAGCAGACUAAACAGGGCAGACUCAGAACUGAGUGAAACGAAUCCAAUAGUAGCGUUGAAGAUCACUUGGGAAGGUAUCCAGCCCCCUGGAUCACAACCGGGACAGGAGACAAACACCUACCAGGCUGUGGUAUUCACCGACGGCAAACAGACAGGUGUAAUGAUGAACUACCAGGCAGGGGACCUUCAAUGGCUGACUCAAUCAAAACCAUUACCAGCACGAGUGGGAUACAGUAACAUUGACGAUGUAAUGAAUCUGUAUGAAGAUACUGAUCAGGACACUAUUUAUAAUAGUUAUCGACGAGACUUGGUCACAGGAAAUACGGGUCAGACGGGCAGCUACAUUUAUCGCCUAGACCUCAAUGGUGCCGAUUUUGUCAACCCAUGUGUUGAGUGUCUGAUCUGGUAUGAGAAUGACCUCAGCGUGACCUACAACUAUCCCGAUGCAUCUGUGUGCCCUUGUUCAAGGAAACAAGCUGCAAGUGACGUAAACUUCAGAAGAUGUACUUUUCCAAGGGGCAACGAUCCUGAUUUCAGUAGUUCCAGUUAUAAUUCAGUGAAAUGCUUCCAGUCAACCACGGAUGGUGAUGAGGGUUUCCGCUGUAACUACAUCAAUAAUGCUCUAGUCACAGACUACCAGAACCUAUGGGAAUCCAGCAAUUUCCAGGCACUCUUACUUACCAGAUCUCUAAGAAGAAAUGACGCUUUGUAUGAUGAAUGGAAAAGUAAGUUUCAUGUAUGUGUUUGCAAAUAUCAGCCUGUAGCAAAUGUAAAGUUGUUAAAAAUCUCCACUUUCAUCAUUCAUCGAAAUGCUGGGAUAUAGUCAUCAAGCACUAGAGAUCUGAUCAGUCAGUGAUCAGUCGUCAAUCAAUAUGAGGCUCACAUGUUUAAGACAUACAGGGAUAUGCCGCUCUAAUGGUUUGGUUUUCCACCAAAAAAUCCCCAC